CCCCGUACAAACGGGGCACCGGGACAUGCAAAACGAACUUGACCAGUUCCUCCGUUCCUUUCUACAGCCCUAACCAAUGAGGAAAAGUUUUCAUAGGUGGGAGCGAACAACACUGACUGGGGAUAACAAUCGUGGGGCGACAGUUUACUUUUGCUUCUAAACAAUAUCAACAAUUCAAAAUACAGUUACUGUUGUUCCAUCAACCAACAGUAAGCCGAGGGAUUCUCCCUUAUCUUCCCGAAGAAAGUAAUUUGUGUCGCCCUUGGAGGUAUUCCCAGCUUUCUGAAGCAGUAGGGGAUGGACGAAGUGCGGCCUACCAGCGGACCAGCAGCCCCCGGCCUGGCGUCACUCUUCCCCCCGGGUCUGCAGGCAAUCUACGGGGAAUGCAGGCUCCUCUACCCCGACCAGGCCAACCCCUUACAAGUUACAGCCAUUGUAAAAUACUGGUUGGGAGGUCCUGAUCCAUUGGACUACAUCAGUAUGUACCGUAACAUGGGCUGUGCAGCGCAGGACGUACAGGAACACUGGCACUACAUCAGCUUCGGACUCAGUGACCUGUAUGGAGACAACAGAGUACAUGAGUUUACAGGCCAGGAAGGCCCCAGUGGCUUUGGCUUUGAGCUGACGUUCAGGCUGAAGAGAGAGGUGGGAGAAACAGCCCCUCCUACUUGGCCAGCUGAACUCAUGCAGGGCCUGGCCCGCUAUGUCUUCCAAUCAGAAAACACGUUUUGCAGUGGAGACCACAUAUCGUGGCACAGUCCCCUGGACAACAGUGAGUCUCGUAUCCAACACAUGCUGCUCACUGAAGACCCCCAGAUGACUCCGGUCCACACCCCCUUCGGCCUGGUCAACUUCCUGCAGAUUGUGGGUGUGUGUACAGAAGAGUUGCAGGCGGCCCAGCAGUGGAACGGCCAAGGAAUGCUGGAGCUGCUCCGAGGGGUCCAUGUUGCUGGAGGGCCCUGGUUGAUAACUGACAUGAGGAGAGGAGAGACCAUCUUUGACAUCGACCCUCAUUUACAACCGGAGCGUGUGGACCAGGGUAUAGAGACAGAGGGCUCCAACCUGAGCGGCGUGAGUGCCAAGUGUGUGUGGGAUGACCUCAGCCGACCGCCCGAGGAUGAAGAGGACAGCCGCUCCAUCUGUAUAGGAUCUCAGCCACGAAGACUGUCGGAAAAAGAUACAGAGCAGAUCAGAGAAGCCCUGAGAAAAGGAUUGGAGUUCAACACUAAAGCAGCACUACCCCCUAUCAACUCACAGAGACAAGGACAUGACAGGCCUCAGAGUCGUAAGGACAGUCUGGAGAGUGAGAGUUCAGCGGCCAUCGUUCCUCACGAGCUAGUUCGUACCAGACAACUGGAAAGUGUUCAUCUGAAAUUCAACCAGGAGUCAGGAACACUGCUGCCCCUCUGUCUCAGGGGUCGUUUGCUCCAUGGUAGACACUUCACCUAUAAGAGUAUAAAUGGAGACACAGCCAUCACCUUCGUAUCCACCGGAGUAGAGGGGGCCUUUGCUACUGAGGAACACCCGUAUGCCGCACAUGGACCCUGGCUACAGAUAUUGCUGACUGAGGAGUUUGUUGAACAGAUGCUUGGAGAUCUAUCGGAGCUCAACACUCGAGAGGAGACCAAGUUACCGAAGGAAUACAGCUGGCCAGAAAAGAAACUGAAGAUCUCGGUCCUGCCUGACUCUGUGUUUGACAGCCCUCUGCAUUGAGACUUGGACCCACUCCUCUCUUCAGAAUACUCUGGACCUGUUCACUCAGACUUUAAAUGGUCAUGUUCAGUAGGUCACAUCGUGGCAAAGCGUUUCCCAACAGAACGCAAAUAAUAAAAAUUUAUAAACGUUUUUUGUUGACAAGUUCAGGUAGUACCUCCUGUAAGUUAUCUUCCAUUUUACUGAACACAACCCUGCUCUGUUCCAUGGGCUCUGGUCUGCCUCAGUGAGAACACCUGACCUCCACCUGAUCUUUUUCUGUCACAUCUGCCUUUGACUUGACUGUUACUGCCUUCUCCGAGCUACCAAUUUCUACUGCGUUUUUCUAACCUUGUAGAAACGCCUGGAGAUGUGCCGGAAACCUGUUUCUCCAGAUAGCUGCUUUGCUAGAUGAUACAUAGUUGCUAUGUUUUGUGAAUGGGUAAAAUUUCUAGUUAGGAUAUGACAUCCCACUAGACUCAAUAAGUUUGUAGCACAGGCAAAAAUGCAAGGUCAGUUGAUUUAGUGCAAGGAUUGUUUUUUGGUUUUCUAGGGCCACAUUCCAUUUUAAGUGUUCUCUUAAAAGGCCUAUGCGCUUAUUUGUUUAAGUGCUGGUGUAUCUAUGGACAUAAAGUGUAUCUAUGGUCAAGCCAAAGGUGCUACCAGUUUCCCAUUAAGUUUGUAUCGGACCAGAUGUUGUGGAAUUUAGACAACUGAACCUUAUUCAGUACCAACCUCUGUGCAAAUCUGAAAUGGUGCCUUCUUCCCUAUAUAGUUUUCUUUUGGCCAGAGCCGUAUGAGGAGUAUAUAGGACAGGGAUCUUCAAACGGGUCCACAGCAUGCAGGCGCUGCAGGGGCUGUUAAUAAAAAAAUGUAUGUGUUUGUGAAUAUCCAUGUACCGGGAAAGUGCCGAUGGUUACUGGUAAGCUUUCUUGACAUGGACAUCAAUUUUUGCAGAAAUGUGUUAGUCGAUUAGCUAUUAAGGUAAUUCCAAUGUUAGUUUUACACUUCCUCUUCCAAUUAUAACUGAGUUCAAAUUAAUAUCUCCCAGAUCAAUUAUUUUUAUGUUACCUCUCCUUGCCAUUUAUUAUACACGUUAUCAUUUUUUGCUAACAUAUGAUUUGGGGUCUCUGGGUCAACGGAUUGGGAAAAAAGUUUGAAGACCCUUGGCAGAUGGUGUAAUUUGGGAUACAGACAAUCAAACCACAUGAUCCUCUCAUUCUAUUGUGUCCUGUCAAAUCCUUGUCCCCCUGUGCCAAGAGCCUGAUUAUUUUAUAGAGUAAUAUUUUGUGUAUGUACUGUUUUACUGUUCAUUUUAUGAAAUAUCUCUGAAGCUCUACAAUGACUGUUAAAAACUCUUUCCUCUAAUAGUUAUCUCUAAAGCUCUACAAUGACUGUUAACUACUAUUAGAGGAAAGAUUGUGUUUGUAAGAGUUUAUAGGCCUGUCAGAGAGUGAAAUGUUGGAAAGCGUUUCAGAGAACUCCCCAUGUGUCCACAAAUAAAGUUAGUCUGACAUUUUCACUGAUGAACAUUUACUGUGUUGUUUCCUGUCCCUAGUUGGAUCAGAUUUUUGUUGAUAGAACUGACGUCAGUGCCUCUGUGUUUUUAGGAAGCCACUAGAACUUGUCAGAGCCUAGGUCCACGCCACAUUUUUUAUCACCACUUUCUAGACAGAAACUCAUUCUUUCCUUCACUGUCACAAUACGUGUCAACUGUUGUGUGAAUAUAUGAAUGUUUUGCUAUGGUAGAAACAACCAGAGUCAGUCUACCAUGGCCUUGAAGUGUAUAGGCUCCAUGCAUUGUAUAGACUGUAUCCACUGUCAACCGCUCCUGUAUUUUAAUAUACAUCAGUUUCAAUCAAGGACCUCUGUCUUUAUACACAUACAGCAUCCCAGAUAUCUGUUAUGCCAUCACUGCAUUCCGUAGCUAGUUAGUCAAGAACAGGAGCUGACUCCCUUUUCUAAACAGUGAUGACCUGUUCACAUGUAUUCUACCGUGUCUUUUUUUAUUCAGAUUUAGAUUUUUUGUUGCGGUCUUUAUUAUACUGUAUUGUUAUUUUGUUGAAUGAAGGAAUCACUAAACUGCCUGUUACUGUAAUCACAAGUGCAUUAAACAGAAAUCGACAUUCA